UAAAAAUCAGCGAGAAAGGUUGAAAAAUGAACGACCAAAUAAAAAGCCAGCUACAGGAGGGCGCUAGGAUCUACUACGAAUCCAUUGACGACCCGCAGAAACGCCAAGAAAUGGGAAAGUUGUACCAUGAGAAUGCCAAAAACACCUGGCAGGGAGCUAGGACAAGGGGCCGCGACCAGAUCCUGAAUCUCAUCAUGGGCCUGCCCCCGACCAAGCAUAGCUACAUCACAAUGCACGCCCAUGUCGUCUCCAAAUCGGACUACCUAGUCGAUAUCACCGGCAACGUUGACUACGGCGGACUGCCGUGCAAGUUUCAGCACACCUUCAUUUUGGACGUCGAGGACGACUUCGACUGGAAGAUUUGCUCCGACACCUACUUCGUGGAGGACUUGUCCGAAGAUUCGGAUUCAACCGAGGAAAUGCUCGACAAUUUUAUCUCACGCUAUGACUACUAGAUGGGCUAGAAUUCGUAGGAUUUUUUUCAAGAAUGCCAACCCUGAAAGAAAAAUGGUAGCUUAAUAAAUCUGAAUUUUAGGGUUGCCUCUGGUAAUUCAUUUCAAAUGAAA